AUGGCUGCUGCCGCAGUUCAACGACUUCUGGCCUCCAGGCCCGUUGGCCAACCAGAUAUCGGCUACACGCCUGAUCACAACAAGUAUCUUGACAGAUCCAGGAGACGACAGGAAACAGAAGCCCUUCCCAAAACGCUUCCUCCGGGAUUUCCCAGCGAGCUCAAGUCUAAGCUGGUUUGGGAUGGCAACAGCCUGGCCGAGGCUUACGACUGGAACUACCAUCUGAGCGACGACGACUUGGCUGAGAUUCACUCUGCUUUGCAGCACUUCAAAGGACUGAACGAACCUCUCGGCUUCGUCAGCCGGGAUAUCUUUCCUCUGCCUAAGUUGCACCACCGAUUACGCGAGAUCUCUGACGAGGUCCACAACGGCCACGGGUUCAAGGUGAUCAGGGGCGUGCCGGUGACAAAGUACACGCGGGAGGAGAACAUCAUCAUCUACGCCGGUAUCGCGUCUCACAUUGCGCCCAUCCGCGGCCGGCAAGACAACCAAUUCGACGGGAAGCCGGCCGACGUGGUGCUCGCACACAUCAAGGACCUGAGCAGCCAGGUCGAGGCCACCCAGAUUGGGUCGCCCGCCUACACGGCCGAGAAACAGGUCUUCCACACCGAUGUGGGAGACGUCAUUGCCCUGUUUGCGCUGGGCGAGGCGGCCGAGGGUGGGCAGAGCUAUCUGUCAAGCGCCUGGAAGGUCUACAACGAGCUAGCUGCUACCCGGCCCGACCUCAUCUGGACGCUGUCCGAGCCUUGGGCUGCUGACACAUUCGGCAAGUCCGACAAGCCCUACAACCUCGCCCCGCUGCUGCAUUUCCAGCCCAAGACAGAGACGCAGCCCGAGCGGCUGAUCAUCCAGUAUGCACGCCGGUCGUUCACGGGCUACUGGGGCCUUCCCCGGUCGUCCGACAUCCCGCCCAUCACCGAGGCGCAGGCCGAGGCCUUGGAUGCGCUGCACUACACGGCCGAGAAAUACGCCGUCUCGCUCGACUUUCACCAGGGCGAUAUUCAACUGGCGAAUAACCUAAGCAUUUUCCACGCCAGAGCCGGGUUUAGAGAUUCGAAGGAAAAGCAGCGUCACCUGGUCCGCCUGUGGCUACGCGACCCCGAUCAUGCCUGGAAGACGCCCGAGGUGCUGCAGCCGCGCUGGGACUAUGUGUACAAGGGGGUGACGCCCGAGGCCAGCGUCUUGCCUCUGGAGCCUUACAUCAGAAGUGCCAGCAGCGGCAGCAAGAAUGAGGUGGAUCAUUGA